AUGCACGUUAAAAUGAAAAAUAUAGGAGCUAGCUGCGUAAGUUUAUUCGGCGUAGACCCCAGCAUAACCAUUAAAAAAGACGAAGAUUAUAACCUUGUCAGCACAAUUUCAAUAAGUCGAUAUGAAGGGAAGAAAAUUAAAAGUCAUCUACCAGAGAUUUGCGCCGCCCUGGCGGCAGUAUCAUUCCAUUUAAGCAGCGGCAUGGGUAUGGCAUAUUCAGCUGUAUUGAUAGCACAAUUGGAAUUACCGGAAAGUGAAAUUAAGGCUACCACGUCCGAAAAAUCGUGGAUUGCCAGCAUUUUGGUAGUUGUAGUACCAGUGGCGUCCAUAAUAUGUAGUUUAUUGAUGGAUAGUAUAGGAAGAUUAAAAACAAUCAUAGUUGCUGCUAUACCGGGUGUUUUGGGUUGGAGUAUGAUAGCGUUGGCCAAUAAUAUACCUUUAAUCAUUAUUGGUAGAUUAUUACUUGGAUUCUCUUUAGCUUGUGGAACAAACCCAGCAAUUGUUUAUAUAUCGGAAAUAGCUAGUCCAAGUCUACGAGGAUCCUUGAUGUCAAUGGGAAUACCUUUGGUUUCUACAGGUUUAGUUUUGACGUAUUUUUUUGGUAUGUAUCUGGAUUGGCGUGUAAUAGCAUGGAUUGGUAAUAUAUCAUGCAUAGUACCAGCAAUUUUAUGCUUUUUUGUACCUGAGAGCCCUCCUUGGUUGUUUUGGAAGAGAAAAUAUGGUGAAGCUAAAAAAUCGUUGGAUUGGUUAGCCAAGUAUCAACCUCAACCUCAAAGCAGAUCAGAGACUUACUCGGAGUUGCAGAUGAAGUUGCUAGAGAAUGAGCAAAAUAAACGUGAUAAUGGGAAUGAGAAAAAAGGUGAUAAAGUUGCCUUAUCCACUGUAAAAGCAUUCUUAAAACCAACUGGAUACAAACCAAUAAUAUUUUUUUUUGGUUUGCAUGUCUGCCAACAAUUCUGUGGCAUAUAUAUUAUCAUGUACUAUUCAAUACAGUUUAUGCAAGCCGCUGGUACCAGUAUUGAUCCCUAUGUUGCCUCAAUUUUCAUAGGCAUCGUACGAUUUGUAAUGUCUUUAGUCAGCACGGCUUUAAUGAGGAAAUUCCGUAGAAGAACCUUGAUAAUGAUCAGUGCCUUGGGUAUGUCACUAUGUAUGUUCACUUCAGGAUUUUUUACCACCUUAAUCCAGCAAAAUAAAACAACUUUAACAUGGGUACCAGUGGUAUCCCUACUAGCCUUUGUAUCAUUCUCAACCAUUGGUUUUGCCCCCAUUCCAUUCACAAUAAUGACCGAACUGUUCCCAACAGAAAUACGUAGUGUUGGUUAUGCAAUAGGCAUGAGUGAAAACUGUUUUUUAAACUUUAUAUCCCUUCAAUAUUACUACACCAUGCUGGAGUUUCUGGGAGGUAUAGUAGAAAUACAAUACUUUUUUGCUAUAAUAGCCCUACUUGGUUUAGUCUAUGCAUAUAUUUUUAUGCCCGAAACAUUUAACGUUACAAUGUCAGAUUUAGCGAAUUAUUAUAAUGAUCAUACUAUAUAUAUCGGACAUGAUCAUAGCAAAACAGAGCAUAGAUAG